AUGGGUGCUAGAAAAACCAGCAGAAUGAGGUUAAUUCUAACUACGUUGUUGUUAGUAUUGGCUUUUGUAGAUGGAGUGCCAGUGAAGAAGAGAAGAUUCGAUGGCAAUCAAGUUUUCCGUAUGUUUCCGAAAAGUCACGAAGAAGUAAAGAAAAUAUUGCAUCUCGCAAAAAAAUAUGACGCAGAUAUUUGGAAGCUUCCGAGAUCAGCAAAUAGCAACAUGGACGUACAUGUGGAUGCAAAACAUUUAGACCAAUACUCAUCCGAUUUGGAGUCAAUAGGAACUGAUUACACAAAAUGGAUCGAUGAUGUUCAAAAGCUAAUCGAUAGAGAGAAUAAACCCGUUUCUCAACGAAGACAAUUAGAAGAUUUCGACUUGGCUCAGUAUCAUUCAAUUUCUGAGAUUUCACAAUAUUUGAAAGAGGUAGCUGCAGCUUCGACUCGUGCACAACUUCACACAGCUGAAUGGUGGAUAUCUCCUGCAGUUGUUCUAUACUUAAUUAAUCAGUUAGCUUUGAACCCAAGCAACAAUCCUGCCAUAGACAGUAUUUUUGAGAAGUUUGACUGGUACCUUCUACCUGUAGUUAACCCAGACGGUUAUGAAUAUUCAAGGACAACCGAAAGGUAUUGGAGAAAGAACAGACAAACAUCAUCCCCUGGUUCCUGCAUUGGCGUAGACUUAAACAGAAACUUUGGAUUUAAGUGGAACCCAGCGAUUGAUGGAAGUACUGAUACUUGUUCGGAGGUUUAUGCAGGUACCAAAGCAUUAACUGCACCAGAAACAGCAGCUGUAGGAAAACUGAUGCGUGAUAUUCAUUGCCACACGAUAGCAUACCUCGACAUUCAUGCUUAUGGACAAAUGUGGUUAUGGCCAUGGGGAUAUACUGCUGAUGAUUUGCCAUCUGAUCUCGAAGAUUUGAAACACUAUGCUAAAGUAGGAGCAAAUGCAAUCAGCAACAAAUAUAAUACUCAAUUUAUGAUUGGUGGAGAUGCUACAGACUUAUACCCAGCUGCUGGAGGUGCAGAUGACUAUGCAAAAGGCGUGGCUGGUAUACAAUAUUCCUACACUGUUGAAUUGAGAGACGAAGGAAAUUACGGAUUUGAGCUUCCGGCCAAUCAAAUAGUGCCCACUGGAGAGGAGAUGUUAGAAGGCAUACUGGCAUUUGCUAAAGAAAUAUUUGUUCGUGAAGGCCUAUAAAUUGUCACAAUCUAACGAAUAAGGUUUUAUUUUUUCAAAUAUGUUUUUACGGUUUAUCUUUGUUUUUUUUUACUUCUGUCAAUUAAAUGAAAAAUAUAAAUCAUCAGUUUUCAAUUAGUGGGGUUUAACAAAAUUAUAAUUCGACGUAUAUUGUCGUUUAGCAUUAGAAAAGGGUACAUGUAAAGAGAUAACAGCACCAAAUAAACUGCACCAAAACCAUGUUAUGAUCCGGUGUCAUUUAUUUUUGAAUGCCUUCUCGUUCCUCAUGACGAGUAAAACCAAGUGAAAAGCG